AAAUUUAUCCAAUAGUGGACAGCAAAUCAAGUGGUCUGCUCUUUCAUCAUUAAAAAACUUAAAAGAAUUGGAUUUGACCGGCAAUAAUGUCAAUUGUAAUUGUGAUUAUUAUAAAUAUUGGAAGAACAAUAUCCACCCUUCAUCUGGGCUCAAGAUCAAGGGAGCAUGCGCAGAACCAAGCAGUCGAAAAGGGAGAUCGUUGAGUCAAGUUGGUGCUGGUAUGAAACAAGAAUGUGAUCGAAGUAAGCUAUUUGACAAAACAAGUCCUCAUGUAGUGAUUUCGACUCAAAAACCCAUGCAAAGCUAUUCUCAGAAACAGAUUAAACCCACGGCAACACUAUCGUCGAGUACUGCCACAAGUGAAACAGAAGUUCUUAAAAGCGCUGGUCCUGUAAAAAUUGGUUCGAUAAAGGAAUCAUCUAGUAAAGCUAUGCCCUCUACUACUUCAGCUAGUAUGGCUUCUAGUGCGUCAGUCACUCGCCAUGCUGUCGUACCUGCUCCUGUACAAACUGCCAUUGCAGCAACUACAACGUCGCCAGUACAAGAGACGACGUCGUCAGCUUAUGAGAGAUCAACAACAUCUUCAUCGACACAAAUAACAACAGAGAAACAAUCUACCACAACAGAGCAACCUACCACAACAGCAGCUCCACCUCCAAUAACAACGGAACAACCUACCACAGCCAAACAGCCUACCACAACAAAACAACCUACCACAAGGAAACCAUGAGCUUUUUUUCACUGGUGGUUAAAUUAAGCGAAGAAAAAUACAGCGAUGAUUAUAAAGACAAAGGCUCCGUUAAGUUCCGAGAUUUACAAAGUCGACUUAAUAAAGCCCUUAGCUAUGUCUUUAACGAGUUCUAUGGGUUUUACGGAGCGACAUUAUUAUCCGCACGGUCUGGUUCAGUAAUAGCUGAUGUCUUAAUAAAGACAACCAACUCGACCCGAGACAGAGCCAAGAAGAUCCUAGAGGAAAACAUACAAACCGCAAAAUUUGGAUCAAUUCCUGUCGAUCGAGGCUCUUAUUACUUCAAAGACAAAACUGAAGUCUGUCCUGGUGAAUUUCUCAAUGUCACGUGGUCUGACAUGCUGGUAAAUGAGACAGCUAUCGCAGAAUGCCCAAGAGGAGCUAAAGGUAUUGCCAAACGUAACUGCACUGAGAAUGGUUGGUAUUACCCAGACUACACGCAAUGCAUAAGUGAUCCUUUUGCAGAAGCAAGAAAAAAGGUAUAG